CGGGGCGCAGGCUGUGGGGGCCGCGCGGGCGAGCGCAGAGCACCCCGCGAGCUGGAUGCGGCUUCCCGGCGCCCGCUCGCUGCCCGCGGCGCCGCCCCCGAGGUCCGCCCGCUGAGGCGCCCGUGCGCUCACCUGCCGGCCCGCGCGCCAUGGGCCAGCCCGCGAACCGCAGCGUCUUCUUGCUGGCGCCCAACGGGAGCCACGCGCCGGACCAGGGAGACUCGCAGGAGCGGAGCGAGGCGUGGGUGGUGGGCAUGGGCAUCGUCAUGUCGCUCAUCGUCCUGGCCAUCGUGUUCGGGAACGUGCUGGUCAUCACGGCCAUCGCCAGGUUCGAGCGUCUGCAGACGGUCACCAACUACUUCAUCACCUCCCUGGCCUGUGCUGACCUGGUCAUGGGCCUGGCGGUGGUGCCCUUUGGGGCCAGCCACAUCCUCAUGAAAAUGUGGACCUUCGGCAACUUCUGGUGUGAGUUUUGGACUUCCAUUGACGUAUUGUGCGUCACGGCCAGCAUCGAGACCCUGUGCGUGAUCGCGGUGGACCGCUACUUUGCCAUCACCUCGCCCUUCAAGUACCAGAGCCUGCUGACCAAGAAUAAGGCCCGGGUGGUCAUUCUGAUGGUGUGGAUCGUGUCCGGCCUCACCUCCUUCUUGCCCAUCCAGAUGCACUGGUACCGGGCCACCCACCAGGAAGCCAUCAACUGCUACGCCAAGGAGACGUGCUGUGACUUCUUCACGAACCAAGCCUAUGCCAUUGCCUCCUCCAUCGUGUCCUUCUACCUACCCCUGGUGGUCAUGGUCUUCGUCUACUCCAGGGUCUUCCAGGUGGCCCAGAGGCAGCUCCAGAAGAUCGACAGAUCGGAGGGCCGCUUCCAUGCCCAAAACCUCAGCCAAGUGGAGCAGGAUGGGCGGAGCGGGCACGGACAUCGGAGGUCCUCCAAGUUCUGCUUGAAGGAACACAAGGCCCUCAAAACUCUGGGCAUCAUCAUGGGCACUUUCACCCUGUGCUGGCUGCCCUUCUUCAUCGUCAACAUAGUGCAUGUGAUCCAGGAUAACCUCAUCCCUAAGGAAGUUUACAUCCUCCUAAACUGGGUGGGCUACGUCAACUCUGCUUUCAAUCCCCUUAUCUACUGCCGGAGCCCUGACUUCAGGAUUGCCUUCCAGGAGCUUCUGUGCCUGCGCAGGUCUUCCCUGAAGGCCUAUGGGAAUGGCUACUCCAACAACAGUAACAGCAGAAGCGACUAUGCUGGGGAGCACAGUGGAUGUCACCUGGGGCAGGAGAAAGACAGCGAACUGCUGUGUGAGGACCCCCCAGGCACGGAAGACCGUCAAGGUACUGUGCCUAGCGAUAGCGUUGAUUCGCAGGGGAGGAAUUGUAGUACAAACGACUCACUGCUGUAAUGCAGCUUUUCUACUUUUUAUGAACCCCCUCCCCGCAACGAAACACUAUACAGACUAUUUAACUUGAGUGUAAUAAAUUUAGAAUAAAAUUGUAUAGAGAUGUGCAGGAGGAGGGACGGCCUUCUGCCUUUUUUUUUUAUUUUUUUAAGCUGUAAAAAAAAGAGAAAGCAUAUUCGAGUGAUUGUUUGUUGUACAGUUCAGUUCCUUUUUUGCAUGGAACGUGUAAGUUUGUGUCUGAAGGGCUUUGGUCCCAGAGGACCUGGGGCUGCUAUGUUUUGAUGACUUUUCCGUGGAUCUACCUCAUUGAUCAAGUAUUAGGGGUAAUAUAUAUUGCUGCUGGUCAUCUGUAUGUGAAGGAGUCUUUUCUUCCUGCACCCUUGCACUGGAGGAUCUUGAGUAUCUCGGACCUUUCAGCUGUGAACACGGACUCUGCUGGCCCCUCUUAUUUGCUCAAACAGGGUGUUGUUGUAGGCAGGGAUUUGAGGGGCAGCUUCAGUUGUGUUCCUGAGCAAAGUCUAAAGUUUACAGUAAAUAAAUUGUUUGACCAUG